CCCUCUCCGCCUUCCUCUCUCUGAGGUAGGAAGUAGAAAGCGAGGUCGAGGGCAGACGACGCCUGGGUUCAUUGCCCUCUCUCUCUCUCUCUCACUGGCGCAGGGGAUUGGGCUACGGGAUCGUCUCUCUGCUGUGGUUAACUUUCGUCUGUUGGGCUACAUAGUCUGUCAUUGUUGGCUGCAAUAUGGCUGGGGCGAUUGUGCAGUAUUCAAUUCUCUCUGCCGGUGUUGGGAGCAAAAAUAAUGUGCAACCUCAGAAAUCUGGAAAAUCAAGGAGGCCUGUCAGGAUGAUGGGAGGAAUACAGGCAAGCAGCCCAGGCUUGCGAGCCUUCAAAGGUUUACGUGGUGCUAACUCUCUGGAUAUGCUUUUGAAAACUGGCAAAGAUUUUCAUGCAACUGUAGCAUCUUCCAUUUGUGUUCCACGUGGAAAGGCCAGCAGAGGAGUUGCUGUGGCUAUGUUUGAGCGUUUUACUGAAAAAGCUAUAAAGGUUAUUAUGCUUGCACAAGAAGAAGCAAGACGCCUUGGCCACAACUUUGUUGGUACAGAACAGAUUUUGUUAGGUCUUAUCGGUGAAGGGACAGGUAUUGCAGCCAAAGUUCUAAAGUCCAUGGGUAUUAGUCUAAAGGAUGCCAGGGUUGAAGUUGAAAAAAUUAUUGGAAGAGGCAGUGGCUUUGUUGCUGUGGAAAUACCAUUUACCCCUCGUGCAAAGCGUGUUCUGGAAUUGUCUCUGGAGGAAGCUCGCCAACUUGGUCAUAACUAUAUUGGAUCAGAACACUUACUUUUAGGAUUGCUUCGUGAAGGGGAAGGUGUUGCUGCUCGUGUUCUUGAGAAUCUGGGAGCUGAUCCCAGCAAUAUCCGCACUCAGGUUAUUCGUAUGGUUGGAGAAAGCACUGAAGCUGUUGGUGCUGGUGUUGGAGGGGGAAGCAGUGGCCAGAAGAUGCCAACGCUGGAGGAGUAUGGCACAAAUUUGACAAAACUAGCAGAAGAGGGAAAAUUAGAUCCUGUAGUUGGAAGGCAGGCUCAGAUUGAGCGAGUUACUCAGAUACUGGGUCGGCGAACAAAGAACAACCCCUGCCUUAUCGGGGAACCAGGUGUUGGAAAGACUGCAAUUGCGGAAGGCCUUGCCCAACGAAUUGCAAGUGGAGAUGUACCUGAAACCAUUGAGGGGAAAAAGGUGAUUACCCUUGAUAUGGGUCUUCUUGUUGCUGGCACAAAAUACCGUGGAGAAUUUGAAGAAAGACUGAAGAAGCUGAUGGAGGAAAUUAAGCAGAGCGAUGAGAUCAUUCUUUUCAUCGAUGAAGUGCAUACCCUCAUUGGGGCAGGUGCAGCUGAGGGAGCAAUAGAUGCUGCAAAUAUUCUCAAACCAGCUCUUGCAAGGGGUGAACUUCAGUGUAUUGGUGCUACAACACUAGAUGAGUAUAGGAAACACAUUGAGAAAGACCCUGCUCUGGAAAGGCGGUUUCAGCCUGUGAAAGUACCAGAACCAACUGUGGAUGAAACAAUUCUAAUUCUCAGAGGUCUUCGGGAACGUUACGAGAUUCAUCAUAAACUUCGUUAUACUGAUGAGGCUCUUGUUGCUGCAGCACAACUUUCACACCAGUACAUCAGUGAUCGUUUCCUUCCUGAUAAAGCAAUUGACUUGGUUGAUGAAGCUGGUUCUCGUGUCCGGCUUCGCCAUGCACAGCUUCCUGAGGAGGCCAAGGAGCUUGAUAAAGAGCUCAGGCAAAUCACCAAGGAGAAAAAUGAAGCUGUCCGUAGUCAGGAUUUUGAGAAGGCAGGGGAACUGCGUGAUCGUGAGAUGGAGCUGAAGGCACAGAUUACAGCCCUUACAGAAAAAGGAAAAGAGAAGUCAAAAGCGGAGAGUGAGGCUGGUGAUGUUGGUCCUGUAGUAACUGAAGCUGACAUACAGCACAUAGUGUCUUCAUGGACUGGAAUCCCCGUGGAAAAGGUAUCCAGCGAUGAGUCUGACCGGCUUCUUAAGAUGGAGGAGACACUGCAUAAGAGGGUGAUUGGUCAAGAUGAAGCUGUCAAGGCUAUCAGCCGUGCAAUCCGGCGAGCUCGGGUUGGUCUCAAGAAUCCUAACCGUCCGAUUGCUAGCUUCAUAUUCUCUGGCCCCACGGGAGUUGGGAAAUCUGAACUUGCAAAGUCUUUGGCAGCGUACUACUUUGGAUCAGAAGAAGCUAUGAUUCGUCUUGAUAUGAGUGAGUUCAUGGAGAGGCAUACCGUUUCUAAGCUCAUCGGUUCACCCCCAGGUUAUGUUGGUUAUACAGAAGGUGGCCAGCUUACUGAAGCUGUGAGGAGACGGCCUUAUACUGUUGUUCUCUUUGAUGAGAUUGAAAAGGCACAUCCGGAUGUGUUCAAUAUGAUGCUUCAGAUACUAGAAGAUGGUCGUUUAACAGACAGCAAAGGGAGAACGGUGGACUUCAAGAACACUCUUCUGAUAAUGACAUCAAAUGUUGGCAGCAGCGUGAUUGAGAAAGGUGGUCGCAGAAUCGGGUUCGACCUUGACUAUGAUGAGAAGGACAGCAGCUACAACAGGAUUAAGAGCUUGGUCACUGAGGAGCUCAAGCAAUACUUCCGGCCAGAAUUCUUGAACAGGUUGGAUGAAAUGAUAGUUUUCCGGCAAUUAACCAAGGCUGAGGUAAAGGAAAUUGCAGACAUAAUGCUAAAGGAGGUGUUUGAACGUCUUAAGGCAAAAGAAAUUGAGCUUCAGGUGACAGAGAGGUUUAGGGAUCGGGUUGUUGAUGAAGGCUACAAUCCAAGUUAUGGAGCAAGACCCUUGAGGAGGGCAAUUAUGCGGCUGUUAGAAGACAGCUUAGCAGAGAGGAUGCUUGCCGGUGAGAUCAAGGAAGGUGAUUCUGCCAUUGUCGAUGUGGAUUCUGAUGGAAAUGUGACGGUUCUCAAUGGAACAAGCGGCGUGGCUGAGCCUUUGUCUCCAGCUCUCUCUGUGUAAAAGAUAGGUCUUUUGUCACUCCUCGCGCUUCAACUCUAUUAUUUAUCUCUCCUUUCAUGAAUUUUUACAUACCCCUUGAAGGAGUGAAGUAGGAUAAGAACAGCUUUUUUUGAUAGAAUGGCUUACUAGUGGAGGGGGAGAAUAAUGGUUAGUUGCACGAGUCUUUCAUAUCCCAGAGAGAAGUUUGCAUAUAGGCUGUUCUCUUGAGCGCGAUCUUGUUACCUUUUUUUUCUGGUCGUACUAAAUGAAAUUUUAGUAGGUUGUAAAAUUGAUUAUUGAACUCCCCAUUUUGAUUCAGAUGUGCAGUCCUGCAUGGCGUGUAUGCAUCCGCAAAUGUUUGCUAUUGUACAGCUAGAGGGUAAUGCGCAAGUUGUUUAUUUA